UAGACCUCCAUGCAUUCUGCACUCGUGGACGAGCGCCCUCAUGUGGAACCACAGAAGGAAGUGCAACCAGUUUAGAAACCGGUUUUCCGGGAGUGGCAGUUCUCCCCUUAUUAGACAUUCUCUGCUUGUGCCGUGAGUUUCCCCGAGUUCGGGCUUUCAACCAAAGAUUCUAGAACAGAGCUCUGUUCUAGAAUCUUUGCUUUGACUCCCCGGAGUGUCGACUCCUUUACAUGCUUUUAUUUUGACAAAGAAAACCAGACGCAAAACUGGUCAUGUCGUCACAUCCGUUAGAGUGUGGCGUUCCCUGUAUCAGGCUGCGCUCCAGUGUCAACACGUGCAAUUAUGUCCAAAGCUAAACAAAAAAGAGCGAAAAGGCUUGGUUUCAUCGGUAAAAAGAGCAAGGAUGGAGGGCAAACCAGCACCCAGGGAAGCAGAAAGGAUCCUGGUGUGCCAAACGUUCGACACUUCAAAGAAAAUGCGCAGAGACAAGCUGAACUUCGACAAAAAAGGCUCGAGGAACUCCAAGAGAAGCAGAAACUGUCCAGGGAGAAGGAGCUCAUGAAAAGAAGGAGUUUGGACACUUUCCAGAGAGAUAUCCAGCAACGGCAGCAGGCUUUUGAACAGAGGGAAGUGGAAAUGCAAAAUUUGGAGAAGCAUGUUAAUUUUGAGAAUGAAAGUUCAAGGAAGGCGUAUUACAGGGAAUUCAAAAAGGUCAUUGAAGCUGCUGAUGUGAUUCUGGAAGUCCUGGAUGCCCGUGAUCCUUUGGGAUGUCGUUGUCCCCAGGUGGAGCAGGCGGUUGUCCAGAGUGGAAUUAACAAGAAGAUUGUUCUUGUUCUCAACAAAAUUGAUCUUGUGUCUAAGGAUAUCAUUGAGAAAUGGAUCAAGUACCUUCGCCAUGAAUUUCCAACUGUGGCCUUCAAAGCUUCUACCCAACAGCAGAGCAGAAACCUGAAACGCAGCAAUGUACCAGUCACAAAAGCCACAGCUGACCUUCUGGGUAGUAGUGCAUGUGUGGGUGCAGAAUGCUUGAUGAAACUCUUGGGAAACUAUUGUCGAAACCAGGACAUCAAGACAGCCAUCACUGUUGGUGUUGUAGGUUUUCCGAAUGUCGGCAAGAGUAGCUUGAUCAACAGUCUGAAGAGAGCCCGGGCCUGUAGUGUGGGAGCCACCCCAGGAGUGACAAAAUGCCUUCAGGAAGUGCACUUAGACAAACACAUCAAGCUUCUAGAUUGCCCUGGAAUCGUUAUGGCAACCUCCACCAGUGAUGCAGCCAUGAUUCUUCGGAACUGUGUGAAGAUUGAACAACUGGUAGACCCUUUACCAGCCAUUGAGGCAAUCUUGAGGCGCUGCAACAAGACACAGAUUAUGGAACAUUAUGGGGUUUCAGAUUUCCAUACUGCUCUGGAGUUCCUGGCCUUGCUAGCACGGCGGCAGGGGAAGCUGAGAAAAGGGGGACUUCCAGACAGUGACAAGGCUGCCAAGAGUGUCCUCAUGGACUGGACAGGAGGCCGCAUCAGCUAUUUUACUCAUCCUCCAGAAACGCACACAAUGCCUACCCACGUCAGUGCUGAGAUCGUAGCAGAGAUGGGCAAGGCCUUUGACUGGGAUGAACUAGAGAAAGGAAAUGAAGAGGCACUUGCUGCAUUGGACCCCACUGAAGUUGAAAUGGGAUUCUGCAUGGCAACAUCAGGUAUGACACAAGGCACUCAGCUGGACAUGCCAGUGGAAGAUGGCGAAGGUUUGGAAGAUUGCGAGUCUGUUAACAAAGCUGAAUCAAUGGAGGAUGAUCAGGAUCCAGAGUUUGGACCAAUGACUGUUGAAAUCAAAAGGUCCCAGGUUAAAAAUGGGAGUGGUUUGGAGGGUGCAACUCCUAAAGCUGUAGACCUGAGAGACAUCCUUGAUGUGGAUCCUCUCCAACAAGGCCAGGCUCUGUUGGCUGCUGGCAAAAAAAGGAAGGAACAGCAAAAGAGAGUAGACAAAAUUGCUGUGAAGCUCUCGGACACACUAACAUCAGCUAUGAACACUCGCUUCGCAGGGCGAGGGGUUUUAGAGACCGCCAUAGAACCGGCAAGGAUAGACUUCAGAGAUGUGAAAUUUGACCAGAACAGAGUCGUACAUGUCUACUCCAUGAAAGUUGAAACAGAAUUUGAAAAAUAUGUUAUAGUUUGUCAAUAAUUUAACUU